GAUAAAUUUCUCAAGGGCAAGCAACGAGUAUCAAAAUGGUGUGCAAUCUUUUUUAGAUUUUGCAUUUCACAAUUCAAGCCAAGAGAAUAUGAUUCUUUGCCCGUGUAAGAAGUGUGGCAAUAUCUAUUGGCAUUAUCGUGAAGUUGUCUACGAACAUCUAAUUGUUGAUGGCUUCAUUCGGGGGUAUAAAAAAUGGAUUUUCCAUGGAGAGUGUACACCUAGUAGAGCCUCUUCGACGAUUAAUCCGGGUUAUCCUUAUAGUGGUUACCGUCAGUAUGUUAGAGAAGAUGACAUGGAAGGUAUGAUGCGGGAUGCAUUUAAUAUACGGAGUGAAGGUUUCCAUUCAUUUCCACCAAACUAUGUUGAAUCCGAUGAUUAUAACAUCGAUGGGAAUACUUUUAUGGAAACGAGAAGAAGUGUACUGGAUGAACAACCGAAUGAAGAAGCGGUGAAGUUCUACACGUUACUUGGUGAAAUGAAUGAAGAACUUUAUGAGGGAUCAAAAUUUUCAAAAAUGUCAUUCUGUAUUCGCCUUUUCCACUUAAAAUGUUUGGGAGGAUGGACCGGAAACUCUUUGACAAUGCUGUUAGAGCUUUUGAGAGAAAUGUUCCCGUUUGCAAAAAUCCCUCAAUCAUGUAAAGACAUGAAGAAAGUGAUAAAAGAUUUGGUCCUUGGGUACAACAAAAUUCAUAGUUGCCCACAUGAUUGCAUGUUGUAUUGGGGUGAUCGGAGAAAUCAACAGUCUUGUCAUAUUUGCGGUAAAUCUUGUUGGAUGAAUAGAGAUGCAGAAAAUGUUAAUGAGGAUGAAUAUGGGCCACAGUCAAUAAGGAAGCCGAACAAGAUUUUGCGAUAUUUCUUGCUAAUCCCAACGCUUCAAAGGUUAUUCAUGUCGUCAAAGACAGCCGAGUUUAUGACGUGGCAUCAUGAUCAACGAACGGAUGAUGGAUUAUUAAGGCAUCCUGCAGAUUCUUUAGCAUGGAAAUCAUUUGACAAUAAAUUUCCAAGCUUUGCAAGUGAUCCUCAGAGUGUAAGGCUCGAGUUAGCAUCUGACGGAUUUAAUCCUUUUAAAAUCAUGAGCACCUCGUACAAUACUUGGCCUGUGGUCCUUGUUCCUUAUAAUUUGCCUCCAUAGCUCUGCACGAAGCAAUCUUCUUUGAUAUUAUCUAUGAUUAUCCCCGGAGAGAAAGGCCCCGGAAAUGAUAUUGACAUAUAUCUACAGCCACUUAUUGAAGAGUUAAAACAAUUAUGGGCGGGUGUUGGGGCGUAUAAUGUAUUGAGAAAGGAGAACUUUUACCUACGUCUUUGCUUUCUUUGUGGACAAUUAAUGAUUUCCCCAUAUGCGAAUUUAUCGGUUGGAGUACCGAGAGGGCGUUAUCGUGUCCUUGUUGUCUUUGCUCAAAGCGUGUUCAAGUGGUUAUAUAAUGGGAAGAAGUUCGCUAUAUGGGGCAUCAUCGGUGGUUAGAUGAAAAUUAUAGCUAUAGAUUUCGAGGGCUUUAUUUGUGAUCUUGAAGAGUUGAAAAAGCUCUGAAGCGGACCAUUGGAUCUGAAAUCUUAUUAAUGUUAAAAGAUAUGGAUUUCGAUUCACGGAAGUGAAUCAACCAUCUAACAGGAAAACAAAUAGACGAUCAAAGGAUGAAUCUGAUGAUGAAUCUGACGAGGAGGAUGACCCUAAUGACGCGGACUUGUGGAAGAAAAGAAGUAUUUUUUUUAGUUGCCUUAUUGGGAGCAUCACAUAUUACGCCACAAUCUUGAUGUGAAGCAUAUUGAGAAGAAUGUCUGCGAGAACAUCAUCUAGACAAUUUUGAACAUCGAUGGUAAAUCAAAAGAUAAUCUUCAGAGUCGACUUGAUUUAGUUCACAUGUGAAUUAGGCGUGAUCUUCAUCCCCAUGUACUUCCUAAUGGAAAAUAUUGGUUGCCGCCUACAAUUUUUGCAAUGUCAAAGGAAAAGAAAGAAAUGUUCUGCACGGUGUUGAAGGAUAUAAAGGUUCCGAAUGCGUAUGCAUAAAAUAUAUAUCGAUAUGUAAGUCUUAAAGAUCAAAGACUAUAUUCAUUAAAAUCACAUGACUAUCACAUCUUGAUGCAAGAUCUACUUCCAGUUGCUUUACGGUGCUGUAUGUCAAAGAAGGUAACGUCCUGUAUAAUUGAACUGUCCAAUAUAAUGAAAGCAAUUUGUGGAAAAGUUCUAAAUGUUGAAGAACUUGAAAAAGUACAAGAUCGAGCCACUUUGACAUUAUGCAAUUUGGAGAAGAUCUUUCCACCUUCCUUCUUCACAAUUAUGGUGCACCUUGUCAUUCAUCUCCUUCGUGAAGCAAUAAUUGGUGGGCUGGUUUUCUAUCGUUGGAUGUAUCCAAUUGAAAGGUGAUAAUUUAUUUCAAAGGCAUUCACCUUUAUACCUAUAAUUACUAGUUUUGAUAAUGUUGUAUAUGGUGUUUAGGUUCCUAAGAAAAUUUAAGUCUUAUUGCCGUAACAAGCGUUAUCCGGAAGGAUCAAUUGCUGAAGACUACUUGGCAGAGGAGUGUAUGACAUUCUAUUCUAGAUAUUUAGAAGAUGUUGAAACAAGAUUGAAUAGACCAAGUAGAAAUGCUGGACCCAAUGAUCCUAGCUUGGCCGAAACUUAUUUAUUUCAAAGUUAUGGAGAACCAAUCGGCAAAGUUGAAAUUGCAGAAUUAGAUGACCGAUCUUGGAUACAAGCACAAAGAUAUGUUCUUUUCCACCAUGAUGCACUUGAACAAUUACACAAGAAAAAUGCCUAGAAGAAGAUUAAGAGAUCUUAGUAUUGUACAGAAUACUACAAAUUCGGAAGAAGUAAAUACUGAACAGCAGACAGUUGUUGGAUCUUCAAGCGUGCCGGGGACACUUGACGAGUCUGUGGAAUUUCAAACUGAAAAUGGUGGGACGCGCAGAGGUUGAGAACAUACGCUCCUAAUAGAUUUAUAUAACUUAAAUUCUGUCGAGCGUGUCAAAGUAACUAGAAACAGCCAUGGUCAGCCUGUUGGACAAGAAGCUCGACUUUUAGCAAGCUAUUUGGGCAUUAUAGCAUGAAAUGCCAAUAUGUUGCCCAUCAACUACGAAUCAUGGCAUAACAUGCCUGAUAGCAAUAAAAAUCAAGCUCUCUCUAAUAUUAAGGAGAGGUUUGCUUUAGAGGUCUUUGAUGCCUAUAUCAAGAAGACAUUGGGUAAAAAAUGGAGAGACCAUAAAAGCAGUUUGAAAAAAGAAUAUUUUAAAAAACCCAUAAGCCUCGAAGAAAAAUUGCAAAAUGUCCCACCGGGAAUGCUGAGGUACCAAUGGGAAGAUGCGGUUCGAAUUUGGAAUUCGAAGAAAAGAGAGGUAUUAUGUACUUGCAAACUCUUAUAAAUUUUUUGGUUUAUAGUAUUUACUAUAUACGUAAUAAUAAUUUCAUUACGUAGGACCGUAAGCGAGUUGGAACAAGCAGCAGGCAAAAACAAAAAUUUAUGCACACG